AUGGCUGAGCAGUCUGGCUGGUAUAUGUCGGGACUAGAGCUCUUAGGGAUACCACACCACACCGCGACUGGCAAAGAUCUCUACGAUCAGGGCUCUUCCUCUAACUUCUCAAGUCCAAGUCCCAGUUGCACGACACCGAUCAUCUUAUCCGCUUCCUCCUAUCCUACCUUCGGCGCCAUGGUCGACGGCCAGCAACCAGACAAAUCGGGUCGCCCUCGGAGGAAGAAUGUUAGUACCCGCGCGAAGAAGACGAGCGAUGGACUUCCUAAGAAAAGAGGCCGUCCUCAAAAAGAUACGAAUGUUGCGACCCCUACCGAGAAACGUCGAACGCAGAUCCGUCUGGCGCAGCGCGCAUAUCGCUCCCGCCAAGAAGCAACCAUGUCCCAGAUGAAGAACCGGAUCCAGGAAUUGGAAUCGGUGAUCGAGACCAUGACGGAAACUUUCAUCGCGUUCAGCGACACGCUGAUGCAGUCGAGCAUGCUGGCUUCAUCUCCGGGCAUCGCGCAGUCCCUGCAAGAGGCGACGGCGAAAUAUGUCGAGCUUUCGAAUCGGGUGAACCCAGUCGGGGAGGAGGAUGAUAAUAGUGAUGCUGCGGCUGCUGCUGCUGCGACUGCUGCUGCUACCCGCUUGUAUGAGAGGCCGUCGCCGCCAGCAACGGCCUCGAUGAUGGCUUCCCCCGAGUCAUCAACAGCGCGGUCGAAUGACCCGUCCGAACCCAGCCCCCUGGCCAACGCCGACACAGGCACCUCCCCGCCUCGCAACGACGCAUUGCAGAUCUUCGAUGGCUCCCCUCCCCACAUCACCUUCCCCUCCGUCUACCAGAACAACCUCGGCCCGCUCAUGUCGCAUCUGUACGGGCCCCAGAGCCCAUUCUUCGCAGAGCGACUGCACUGGGCCUGCUCCGAGCGCGCAUACCAGUACCUCAUCAAUCCCAAUAUUGCCGACGCCCGCCUGACCCGCGCGUUCGGAUACUUGUUCAGCCGCAUGAGCCGCGCCCAGGUCGUCUCGUUCUUCGGCACCGUCCUGAGCUCGUUCGGCGCCCCCGAGGCGUUCGACCAGUUCCACAUCCCCAUGCUGAAUCUGGGCGGCGCGGGCCUGCAUUACCCGCGGAAACUGCCUCUCGCCGCGACGCCGCAUCUCCUCAGUCCGCUGCCCGCCGGGGAGCAGAUCGAGGCGCUCUACGAGAACGCGUUCACCGCGAGGGAUUUCGAAGAAGUCUGGUUCGACUCGGAGGAUUUGGAAGGCUUCCUCGAAGAACAUGGCGUGAUUCUGGGGAGCCGCGAUACGGUGCCGGAAGUCAUUCCCGGGGGCCCGUUGGAGGUAAUGAAAGCGACGCGGUUGAGUAUCGUCAGCUCGGUGUUGGAGUCCACGAGCCGUCCCAACGCCCAGCGAUUCCUCUCGCAAAGUCCUAUCUUGGCUGUCGAUGAAAGCCAGUUGAUUGACUGGCUGUCCGUGCGCGGGAUUUGCCUCGGCCGAGCAGCCGGGUUCCGCAAACGGGACGUGGAAAGCUUUCUGUUACAGCAUGCGUGGCCGGUUGUCACUCCGCAGUUUCCAUUGUAG